AUUCCAUCCGUUCUUUAUAUCCGACCAACUCCCGCAUUUUCCUGGAUUUAAUGGCCACAGGCAUCCUCUCGAGGACUAAUCGCACGAGAUGGCGGCAGCAGGCGCCACCGUGCCCACCAGACUGGUGAUUUGCGUGGACGGGGCACAGUCAAUCGGCGCCGUGGAAACGAACAUCCGCCAGAUCUACUCCUCUCUCGAAGUGGGCAGAUGCGCCGACCGAACUCACGGCGGCAUCUUUCGCCAGGACAUCCAAUAUGUGCCGAGCGACGGCCUCGUGGACGACACCUCUUCCAAGGAGCGCCUCCAGGCGAAUCUUCUCGGCCAGUUGCACAUCAAGCAGAUCCAGGACAUCUACGAGAAGUGCUGCACGCUCGACGGCGAUCGGGAUGAAGUGUGGUUCUUUGGCUUCUCCCGCGGCGCCUUUGUCGUGCGCGCCGUCGCUGGACUGCUGCAUACCUUUGGCUCUCUCGCUUCUGCCGGCCAGCCUGGCUUCGCCAAGGAUUUUCGAAAGAUGCUCAAAGACUCGGAAACGAAGUCGGGCAACUCACUCUCGCCUUUGAGUCCGCUGAGCUUGAGUCCGGUGUCUUCAAUAUCGUCGGCCUUUCAGACGAAGCGUGCGCCUCGUAUACAAUUCAUCGGCGCCUUUGAUACUAUCAGCGACGUCAGCGGCUCCAGUGUCUUUGACAUCUCCUUCAACUCCUCUAUUUAUCAUUUCCGACACGCGGUCGCAAUGCACGAGGACCGCAAAACCUUGGCGCCGGAAUGCCUCUUCCCUCCCGAAUUACAUCAAAGCUCCUUGAGCGACUCUGGCCGCAGCUUCAUCCAAGCCCACUUUAUCGGAAAUCAUGCGGACAUUGGUGGCGCGGCGAGGAAGUCCGGGCUGGCACUCUAUCCGCUGCAAUGGAUGUUGAUCCAGGCCAAGGAUCUCGGGCUAGUCGUCGAUCCUCAGGGCGGCGUCUUCUCCCCCCUAUCGCUCGUCCUGCCCGGCUCGUCGAUAAAAAAGCCUCCAGAGCAACUCUGGACAUUCAAAGCCGCCAACAACAUCGCCACCCAAAUGCAAGACUUUCGCGAGGUACACGGUCUGUCACGGAAUCACGAGAAGAGCUACGCGAUCAAGCUCCAGUCAUCGCGCCUGUCAUCGCUGCGCCAGAAGCAGCCGAGAAACCCCUUCACCUCCGAUGGCUUCCUGCGAGGCUACUGCGCCGGCGCGCCGCAGGGCACCAUCAUUCAUCCUUCUGUAUACUUGCUCCUGGACCUGCAUAUCAACGUCGUGCUCGAGAACAAAGAGCUCAAGCUUCAGCGGUGGGUGGAAGCGUGGCGAGACCGAAUGCUCGGCACUGAAGCAGGACAAGGUGCGGACUUUUGGGACGACAAUGACGAUGACUCGGAAUCCCUCGGCGCGUUGCGAGUGCUUGUUUGCGGUAAUACCGGAGUGGGCAAAUCCACCCUCGUCAACAAGACUUUUGGAGUCGCUGUGACACAAAGCUCCGAUCGUACCCGAGGCAUUCACGACGUGCGAGAGGAGAUUACGUGGGAGGGGCGGCCGGACUUGAUCGUGCACGACUCUGGUGGCUUUGAAGCCGGCGCGGACGAAGAGUUCCAAGCCAUCGAAGCAUUUCUCAAAGAGAAGGCCGAGGCGCAAAGUAUCACGGCCAAACUACAUGUUAUCUGGUUUUGCGUGGAUAUCAACAGCGCUCGAACGCUUCAAACGGCCACCGAGAAGCUAUUCCGGGCCGUAUCACUGUAUGCAAAGGAUGUGCCGAUUGUCGUAGUGGCGACCAAGAAGGACGAGCUGCUCGAUAUCGAGUUUGGCGUGUGCCGCAAAACACUGAAACGAGAAGGAAAGCCCUUCGACGAAGAGGCAUGCGAAGCGUAUGCAGAAGAGAGAUUGGCAGAGCGGAUCGAUGUCAUCCGGUCGGAAAUGGAGAGUGUGCCUGGUGGCCGCUUGGAUGCUUGCAUCGCCGUUUCUCAAGAUGACGACGAGUCCAUCGCCGCACUCAGCGAAACGACAUCGCAAUCCUUCGAUACCGAUCGAGUACGUCUCAUGUACAUUGGUGCUCAGGUUGCCAGAAUCGACCUCAAAAUCGAAAUGGCCGUGGCGGAGAUUCUCCGGCGCUACAAACGAUUGAUUCGCCGAAGCGCGGCCACCGUGGGCUUCGGCGGCUCCUCCAUCCACCGCAAAGCCUCGACGUAUCAAGUGACCAAAGCCGUGAUUCAGUGCUUUGGAGUUCCGACCGUGAACGCCGACGUGGCGCUGGAGGCGCUGAAGGCGAACGUGUGGACCAGUCUCGGAAGCAACGCGCAGCUGGUGCUAGCCGAAAUGUUCUCCCUCAUUGGCGUUGCCGGGAGCGUGUUUGCCAUGGGCGCCCCGCUAUGGCUGAUCAGUGGAAGCAUCAAUGCCAGCCACGUCGUGCCAACGACUUGCCGCAUGUUCCUCAUCAUGGCGUGCGACUUGACCCUUGUCCUUGCGCGCUCCUUCAAGGAAGCCACUUUCCGCGCCAACGGACAGCCGGAUGAGAUCGACGUGGGCGCCGCGGCGAGGAACUACGCGGUGCGCGGGUAUGCGCAGCACGUCCAUCGCGAUGUCCAGCGUCUGCUACCCAAGAGAAACCCACUAGCGCCUUUCAGAGUCGAGAACGUGCAACAGGGCAUCGAGGAGCUGUUCGCCGCCUACAAAGACAAACUCAUGCAAGACGUCAAUCUGCCCCUCCGCAAUGGAGAUACGAAAGCCGGACGAGAAGCAGGCGACGACGCAAGCAUCGAAGACGAUUCCGCGCUGUUGAGCGACUACACCGAAGCCCGCGCUGCGCUGGCUGAGCUAGACGCUUCCGAAACCAUCCCCUCCGUACCCGAACUGCCUGGCGACGAUGCUCGCUUUGAAUUACAUGGCGAGAGUACCGUCAGUGAAUUGAGCGGAGUGAGCGCGACGGAGAAGUCGUAGAAGAGCCCGGAGUCGAUUGCGCUGCAUCUGGAGCGCGUUCGCACGCGCUGAAUACUGCCAUUGGCUCGGUGCAAGUCGUUGCAGACGUGACGAUUCGUAAGACCACCCCUCCUUCGGCCGUCAUUUGACUUACACGGCCGCUCGGGGCAGCCCAAGGACGAGUGCAGCUAUUCCAGUUGGCCAUGACGCGCGAUCUCAUGACACAGCCGCGUAAAGCCGCCCGAAAAAGGAUAGCAGGAUGUGGCUGCUAAUUUUUUCCGCGCGCAGCGAAGGUUAAAGCCUAAUCGGGCAACCUCGACGCUGUUGCGCUCGCGCAAGGCGAAGCGGGGCGAACUUGUCGAGCGGUGAUUGGGUGG